AGUUCUUAACAGGGAUUGUGUGAACGCCGAGCGAGAGGCUGGACACGAGAGUGAUGGGAGCAGAAGACAGGAUCAGCAGCGGAAUCGAACACUGAGCCAGCGGAGCAGCCCGAGCCUCGUCUCACUCACUCACACUCACUCACACACACUCACACACACACUCACACUCAGAGGAGCAGAGGAUAUACAGCGCAGGAAGAGUCAACUUGUUUGCGCGUUCAUUUUUACGCACAGCUCCACUUGUGCAAGUGCACAACUUCGCAGUAGUUUUGACAGAAACACACUUUUUGUGUUAAUAGUAAAUGAGCAUCUAUCAUUAGUCAGUCACUGUUUGAACUCUCUGAGUCGGACCUGGCGUUGACCGGUGAUGGACACUGAUUUGGUAAAGAAUGCGUCCGCAGUGCGCGCGUGAUCUUCUCUGUCCUCUCUGACCGUGGAUUUCACUUCACAUUUCUUAACACAACCAGCGGGACUCUGCAGCAUCGACGGGAUCCUGCUCAUCAUUUACUGGAGUGGAUUUUUGUUUCAUUUGUAUCCAGGAUGCGAGCCAUCUCAUCCAGACACCGCUAUCUGCUACUGCACUUAUUUGCGAUGUGCUACUAUACUCAGGUAACCAAUCAGUCCCCGCCUAAUUUCACGCAGCAUGUAAGCGAGCAGAGUAAAGUGACGGACCGCAUGAGCCGCAGGUUGAUCCGGGUCUACCAGCUGUACAGUCGAACCAGCGGCAAACACGUCCAGGUCCUGCCCAACAAGAAGAUCAACGCCAUGGCCGAGGACGGAGACGUUCACGCUAAACUCAUCGUGGAAACGGACACAUUUGGGAGCCGAGUGCGCAUUAAGGGAGCUGAGACAGGCUUCUACAUCUGCAUGACCAAGAGGGGGAAGCUCAUCGGCAAGAAAAAUGGACAAAGUCAUGACUGCAUCUUCACCGAGAUCGUUCUGGAGAAUAACUACACAGCGUUAAGGAAUGCCCGCUUCGAGAGCUGGUACAUGGCCUUCACUCGCCGCGGGCGGCCACGGAAGGGCUCGCGGACACGCCAGCACCAACGUGAAGUCCAUUUCAUGAAGAGGUUGCCAAGGGGCCAGCAGCCCGCACACUCGAGCAGUCACCGGGCUUUUGACUUUAUCCACUACCCGUUCAGUCAAAGGACUAAACGUGCACGACACUCAUCGGAGCGCUAAGGAGGAGGAGGAAGAUAGAAAAUACAGAGGGAGGAGGGAAAAGUGACUGAAUUAGCAGCAGCCACACACUCCUCUGCUCUCUACAAAAACAUGGGGGGACAUUUUAUCCUGAGCAUUACUAUAUCCUAAUAUGAAGUUAAGGAAAAGGAAAGUUGUAUAUAAGAAAAAAUUAGAAAUCUAUUUUUGUACUCCAGACUUUUAGUUCUGACUUGUGUAAAAAAAAAAAAACAAAAAAAAAAAGGAAAAAAUCUUUGUGUUUAGAUCAUUACUUCUUUUCAGCUUUUUUUUCUUUGUUCAUACCAUUUUAACCAGUGGAGUCUCUCCUGCUGCGCAAUGGGACUCUAUGAUUGACUGCACUGCCCGGGAAUGCUGCGUUCACAGACACCGUCAGACACUGUAUUGGAAAUAAGAAGCAGCGCAGUGCUGAAGUUCAAGCCCAUAGAGCUUUCACAGCGUCUGAUGGAACAAUGUGGCAGCUACACAAACACAAACACAAGUUUCCACUUCUGACUAUAAUGUUGAUGUGUUCAAAUUCCCUCAAUACACCACUCCCCCUCGUUCACCUGUGUUCUUGUUGCCCCCUGAAUGUCUGUUUUUAUACAUAUAUAAAUAUAUAUUUUUUUGAGGAUGUAUAAAAUUAUUUUAAGGAUGGAAUAUUUAUUUAAACAUGUAAUAAAUGUAAAAUAGA